AUGUAUUAUCACGCAGCAUUUGUCGCGCUUCUGAGCGCGCGGAUCGUCAGUGCUCUUCCUCAAUCGCAAUGGAAAGCCGUGUCUGGGGAUGAAGUGGUUCGCGCUGCUGUCGCGUUCCAUCAGCCGAAGCUUGCUGAAGCAGAAGCUUUGUUGAUGGAUAUCUCGGAUCCUAGUUCGGAGAAGUUUGGUCACUAUCUUGAGCUCAGGGAAGUCCAAGACUUCUUUAAACCCAGCGACAGCUCACAGAAAAAGGUCCUGCAAUGGCUAGAAGAUGCAGGCAUCGACUUAUCCUCAGUGCAUCUCAAGAAGGCAGCUGCUGUUCUAGAGUUCUCUGCUCCGGCCAAGCAAAUUGGGAAGAUGCUCGGUGCUGGCGUUCAUGUUAUGCACAAUGAUGCGACUGGUGAACUGCGUCUCGAACCUACCGACCACGCAGUUCCGUCUGCAAUUCAGGACGAUGUUGAGUUCAUUGAUUUGGCUCCAUCUCAGAAAGCUGGCAAGACCAAGCACAGCCGUGCAGUCAAGCCAGUUCUUGAUACUCUGCCACCGCCAUACAAGCUUCCAGUGGCAGAUGAUCUGCGCAACUGUAGCGAAAGCUGGACUCCAGCUUGUAUCCGGAAACUCUACGGUGUUCCUCUGGGAACCAAGGCCGCGAAGAAUAACUCAAUGGGUCUCUUUGGAUACGGCGACCCAUACCAGCCAGCUGAUCUCAACCAAUUCUGGGCAAAGCAUGCACCCUUCAUCCCCAAGGGAACAAAACCCAAAGUCAAGAGCAUCAACGGUGCCGUAGCAGAAGGAGAACCCCUUGAAGGCGAAGAGUUACUCGACAUCGAAAUGUCGUACCCCAUUGUUUAUCCCCAGACCGUUACCAUGUUCCAGGUUUCCUACAACAACAAGGGAGGUCUUGCAAAUGACUUCCUCGACGCUGUCGACGCAAGCUACUGCAAAUAUGACGGUGGUGAUGAUCCUGAUCUUGAUCCUACAUUCCCUAUCUUUGGUGGUGGCUUCCAGGGCCCUGCUAUGUGCGGCAAGUAUCAGGUCACAAACGUCGUUUCAAUCUCCUUCGCGAUUGAUGAGCAGACUCUGCCUCGCCGUUACAUCCAGCGUCAAUGCCACGAGUGGAUGAAGUUGGCUCUCAGCGGUGUUAGUGUUCUUGUCGCUGCUGGAGAUCGUGGUGUCCAAGGUGCUACACAGUGUACGGUGAAUCCUUAUGAUAACAAGAAGGAAGCUUUCAACGCUCUUUUCCCGGGAUCUUGUCCCUACGUCACAGCAGUUGGAGCGACACAGGUCAACUUUACUGGCAGCAGAACCAAUGAAGUUGCCGUCUUUGAUCCCAAGCACAAUUUUUACUCUGGAGGCGGUUUCAGCAACAUGAACGCACAGCCAGCUUACCAGCGCAAGGCUGUCACUAGCUAUCUCGCCGCUAACAACCCCCACUACCCCAAGGGAACAUACAACAUCUCCGGACGCGCUUUUCCUGAUGUCGCGCUCUUGGGGGCGAAUGUCACCUUCCUCCAAGAUGGAAAGACUACGAUCAGUGGAGGAACCAGCGCUGCAGCUCCGAUGUUCGCUGCGAUGAUCAACAGGAUCAACGAUGAGCGAUUGCUAGCGGGGAAGAAACCAAUCGGUUUCUUGAACCAGAUUCUGUAUCAGCAUCCUGAAGUUUUCACUGAUAUUACCCAAGGCUCUAAUCCCGGUUGCGGCAUGGCAGGGUUCCAGGCGGCCAAGGGAUGGGAUCCGGUCUCGGGAAUGGGCUCACCCAAGUUUCCCAAGCUUCGGGACUUGUUAGUCAGCCUUCCUUAG